CGUUCACUUCCGGGUCUGUGACCAGCAGGCUGUCAGCAGGAGAAGCUGAUCUGAGUUCCGCUGUGGGUCUCCAGGUCGGUGGAUGUGGACUCUGUGGAGCUGUGAUGCCCCUGGAGGUCAGAUGGCCGUUCCCACAAUGCCCUGCUCUGGCCUGGAGGCUCUCCAGCUCCCUGGUCAUGGGCAUGGUGGGCUCCUACUCCUACUUCUGGACCAAGUACAUGAACAGCCUGACGGUCCACAACCAUGAGGUUCUGUUGGACCUGAUCGACCAGCGUCCAUCUGACACGCCCCUCAUCACGCUGUCCAAUCACCAGUCCUGCAUGGACGACCCUCAUAUCUGGGGCGUCCUGAAGCUCAGGCAGCUGUGGACCUUCAACAAGAUGAGAUGGACGCCAGCAGCUUCUGACAUCUGCUUCACCAGAGAACUUCACUCCAGAUUCUUCAGCCGAGGAAAAUGUGUUCCUGUCUGCAGAGGUGAUGGUGUCUACCAGAAGGGGAUGGACUUUGUUCUGGAGAAGCUGAACAGAGGAGAAUGGGUUCACAUUUUUCCAGAAGGAAAAGUCAACAUGACGGAGGAGUUCAUUCGUCUAAAAUGGGGUGUUGGUCGGUUAAUCGCAGAAUGUUCCCUGAAUCCGAUUAUCCUGCCACUGUGGCACGUUGGUUUGAGCGACGUUCUGCCAAACGUGAAGCCCUACAUUCCUCAGACUGGAAAGAGAAUCACAGUCCUGGUGGGGAAACCGUUCAGCGUCAAGGAGCUGGUAGAAUCCCUCCGAGCUGAAAACAAGAGUCAGCUGGAAAUGAGGAAGACGUUGACAGACUUCAUCCAGCAGGAGUUCCGGAGCCUGAAGGUCCAGGCGGAGACCCUCCACAGCCAGACCCAGACCAGAUCCUGAGUCCUGGAGGUCCUGGAGGUCCUGGUUUCUGCUGGAAGUCCUCCAUCUGGAGCUGAAGGUUAAACCCUGAAAACCAGAACUUUUGGUCUCCAACUUCCUCUUCAGAUUCACAGCGUUCUGGGAAAUGUUUAAAAGCAGGUUUUCAUUUCAUUCAGUAAAUUCAGUUACUGCGAUGGAAAACGGAUGAAAAGAUGAAUGAUCGGGUUUCUGGAGCACAAACUUUAGGUUUCUCUAAUGUUUAAAGCUUCAUUAAUCUGAGGAAUCACAUCAGGUUUGGAUGAUUCACAGCUUCACCAUUUACAUCCAGUUCAUGUUUAUUUUUUACAAUCUUUAAAGUUUCUGUCGUUUUUAUCAACAGCAGUAGUUAGUGGUGUAGUCAGACCAUUCUGCAGCUCAUCAUUAAUCUGCUUCAGGUGUGAAAAACUCUCUACAUUAUUUGUUUUCUUCAAACUGAAUCAUCUUGGAUGGAUUCAGCCCAGGAAGCAGCAACGGUGCCCCUCAGAACAGUAAAUUUAAAGCGCCGACAAAAACUUGAAAAAAAUAACAAGAUCGUCUUGUUGCACGAUCCAAAUCCUCUGCAGAAUUUGGAAAAAAGUUAGAAUUUUUGUUACUUGACUUUUAAUCACAGCUGAGUUAUAAAUGGCUUCAUUUUUGCACUAAGAAAUGCCGAAUUUUUUAGUUUAAAAUGUUUAUUUUUGACAAACUUCUAAGGGACACAAGUUAUUUUGAUGGCAGGUCGUGAUUUUAAGCUUAGAUUUGGUGAAUUUUUCCAACAGAACCACACAUUAUUACUUCAAGUAAUAAUAAAUAAAAUACAAAAAAGAAAAUUAAAUGGAAAAAAUAUAAAUAUUUAACAAUAAUCCAAAGUAAAACAGUAUUUAACAAUAAUUUCAAAUAAAAUACUGUAACUCAAGAUGAAAUUAUAUUAUUUAUUGGUAAUGCAAGCUUAAAUAAGGAAUAUUUAAUAAUUAAAAACAAAAGCAAAACUUAAAUAAAAUGCUUGAAAGUUUGUAACUUCACUGUUAAUCACAGCUGAGUUAAAAGGGGCUUCAUGUUUGCACCAAGAAAUGCAGAAUUUUUUAGUUUAAAUGGUUUAUUUUUGCCAGAUUUCUAAAUGAGACCUAAACAGCAAAGUAAUUUCAACGACAUGUUUGGAUUUUUAAGCUCAGAUUUGGUUAAUUUUCCCAACAGGACAACAUUAUUAGGGUUAGGGUUAGUUUAAAAUCGGAUGGUUUUUUUUUGUUUUCUUGCUCUAAAAAAUGGCGUGUUUUUGUUGAUUAUUCUCUUUUUUUCUUUUUUCCUUUAGAAUAUGGUGUAAAUGCACCUACAGCAGCAUCCAGAACAGUUAAAUUUCAUGGAAACCUGAAAGAUUGUAGCUUUAAUUCUGUGUUUCAGUGGAUUAAUUGAACCAAAUUUUAACCGGCGUUGGUUUGACACAACAGUCUUUUCCUGGUGAGAAUUUAAAACCUGCUGCUGAAGGUAAUCGUGAGUUUUUUUUUGCUGAAUUAUCCGUUAUUUAAAUGGCAUUAAAAGCUCUUUACAUGAAGCUGCUGUUGAUUUUAGGACUAAAUGUGGCUGGUUUAGAUUUUAAUUCUUAAUCUAAUGCAGUUCAUGAGUGCUGGAUGAUAAAUGGUAGCUGUACCAUUGUUAGUUGGAUUACAUGCACAUGUCCUGCUUGUACAUUUAAAUCACGUUUCAGAAUCACUUCCUAUUACUGUGGAUCAUUUCUUUUCCAGAUGAUGUAUUAAAAUGCAGUUUUUUUCUGUGGAACCUUCAGAAAACCUCCAUCACAGAUGUAAAUAACUUAUUUUAUGGUAGAGAUCACAGGUUCACAGAUCUGUGUUUUAUAAAUGUGUCGCCUUACUGUGAUUGCCGAUCUUUCCUACACUAUGUGAUGCCAAUAAAGUAUUUCUACAUUUUAA